GCGCAGGCAGCAGGUCGCUGAUGGAAAACUGAGGGAUUUACCCCACCUUCUGGCUUUAUUUAUGUUUCUCAAUUGAGGGCACCAUCCGCCGGAGAAAAGCUCAAUCAUACGGGAAUAUCUAAAAAUCGCGGAACCAGCCUCCACUGGGACAGGCCCUCCUCGCCCCGUUCGCACCGCGUCAUGUAUGAAGGCAAAAAGACGAAAAACAUGUUUUUAACCAGAGCUUUGGAGAAGAUCUUGGCCGACAAGGAGGUGAAAAAGGCUCAUCACUCGCAGCUGCGCAAAGCCUGUGAGGUGGCAUUAGAGGAAAUCAAGCAGGAAUCUGAGAAAUUAAGCCCACCGGCCGGCGACAACAAGUCGAGUUCCAGCACUUUGCCGCCAAUCAAGUCGAAGAGCAGCUUCAUUGAAGCAGAUAAAUACUUCCUGCCAUUUGAGUUGGCCUGUCAGUCCAAAUGUCCUCGCAUCGUCAUCACCUCUCUAGACUGUUUACAGAAACUCAUAGCUUAUGGUCACCUGACGGGCAGCGCUCCAGACAACACCACACCAGGCAAGAAGCUCAUCGACAGGAUCAUAGAGACUAUAUGUGGCUGCUUUCAGGGCCCGCAGACAGAUGAAGGAGUCCAGCUGCAGAUUAUAAAGGCCUUGCUGACAGCGGUGACGUCCCAGCACAUAGAGAUCCAUGAGGGCACAGUCUUACAGGCCGUCAGAACAUGCUACAACAUCUAUCUGGCCAGUAAAAACCUCAUCAACCAGACCACGGCCAAAGCCACCCUCACCCAGAUGCUGAAUGUCAUAUUCGCCCGCAUGGAGAACCAAGCACUGCAGGAAGCCAAGCAGAUGGAGAGAGAGCGGCACAGACAGCAUUCUCCUGUCAGUCAGCAAGAGCCCGAGUCUCCUGGACAAAGGCACACCGAGACCCCUGGCAAAACCCUGCCAGCUGAGGCCAACGGUGGACCGGGCCAUCAGGGUGGUAAAGUGGAGCAGGGUUCCCCACCGUACGAGAGUCCCGAGCCGGAGAAUGGAAGUGACUUCUGUCCUGCGGAGAACGAGCAGACCGAGGCUGACCAGGCCACCGCUGCAGCACAAAGUGCAGCAGAGCAUGCCACUGAAGCCAGCGAGGAGGAUGAAAGGCAGAACUAUGAAGAGAAGGCGCAGGAGAUUGUGCAGAGCAUUUUGCUAGAAGUGGUGAACACAGUGGCUGGAGAAUGUGAAGCAAGCCAUGAGGGUGAGGCUGAGUCUGCUGAGGUCAGUCCAAACUCUCUUGAAGAGGAGGGAGGCUUGAGCAGCGAUAGCGAAAAUGUUCAUGCCAACGGCAUCCCUGGCACACCCAUCUCCGCGAGCUUCACCCCAUCCCUGCCCGACGACAGGCUGUCUGUCUCCUCCAAUGACACUCAGGAAUCGGUAGCCACCUCUGGUCAAGCACCAGGCGCAAAGUUUUCCCACAUUCUCCAGAAAGAUGCGUUCCUGGUGUUUCGUUCCCUCUGCAAACUCUCCAUGAAGCCUCUUUCGGAUGGACCGCCUGAUCCCAAGUAACAUCCCUAUGAGCUGCGGUCCAAGGUCCUCUCUCUGCAGCUCCUCCUGUCCAUCCUGCAGAAUGCUGGACCCAUUUUCAAGACUAACGAGAUGUUCAUCAACGCCAUCAAGCUAUACCUGUGCGUAGCACUGUCUAAAAACGGCGUCUCCUCCGUCCCCGAGGUGUUCGAACUGUCGCUGUCCAUCUUCCUCACCCUCCUGUCCAACUUCAAGACACAUCUCAAGAUGCAAAUCGAGGUGUUUUUCAAAGAGAUUUUUCUGUAUAUUCUGGAAACCUCCACCAGCUCAUAUGACCACAAGUGGAUGGUCAUUCAAACUCUCACUAGAAUAUGUGCUGAUGCACAGAGUGUGGUAGAUAUCUAUGUUAAUUAUGAUUGUGACCUGAAUGCUGCUAACAUUUUCGAGAGGCUGGUGAAUGACCUCUCAAAGAUUGCACAAGGACGAGGAGGCCAUGAACUGGGUACAACCCCACUGCAGGAGCUGACUUUAAGAAAGAAAGGAUUGGAGUGUCUGGUGUCCAUUCUCAAGUGUAUGGUGGAGUGGAGCAAAGACCAAUACGUCAACCCCAAUUCCCAGACAAGUCUUGGCCAAGAAAAGCCUUCAGAGCAGGAGAGCAAUGAGUCGAAGCAUCCAGAAACGAUUAACCGUUACGGCAGCAUUAACUCUUUGGACUCCACUGCGUCAUCGGGCAUUGGGAGCUACAGCACGCAGAUGUCCGGGACAGACAACCCGGAGCAGUUUGAGGUCCUCAAACAACAGAAGGAGAUCAUAGAGCAAGGCAUUGACCUGUUCAACAAAAAACCAAAGAGGGGCAUUCAGUACCUGCAGGAGCAAGGCAUGCUGGGAACAACGCCUGAAGAUAUUGCCCAGUUUUUACAUCAAGAGGAGAGACUUGACUCUAUCCAGGUAGGAGAGUUUCUCGGAGACAACGACCGCAUCAAUAAAGAGGUCAUGUAUGCCUACGUCGACCAAAUGGACUUCCAGGGCAAAGACUUCGUGCCGGCGCUGCGCAUGUUCCUGGAGGGUUUCCGUCUGCCCGGCGAAGCUCAGAAAAUUGAUCGACUGAUGGAGAAAUUUGCUGCUAGAUAUUUAGAAUGCAACCAAGGGCAAACACUGUUCGCCAGCGCUGACACCGCAUACGUUCUUGCGUAUUCAAUCAUCAUGUUGACUACCGAUCUGCACAGUCCACAGGUGAAGAAUAAAAUGACGAAAGAGCAAUACAUCAAGAUGAACCGAGGUAUCAAUGACAGUAAAGAUUUACCUGAGGAGUAUCUCUCAGCCAUUUAUGAUGAAAUCGCAGGGAAGAAAAUCUCCAUGAAGGAGACAAAGGAGUUAACUCUCAAAUCAAAUAAGCAAAGUGUGGCGAGUGAGAAGCAGAGGAGGCUGCUGUAUAAUGUUGAGAUGGAGCAGAUGGCAAAAACAGCCAAGGCUCUGAUGGAGGCUGUUAGCCACGUUCAAGCCCCCUUCACAAGCGCUACACAUCUAGAGCACGUCAGACCAAUGUUUAAGCUGGCCUGGACGCCCUUUCUGGCCGCGUUCAGUGUGGGUCUGCAGGACUGUGAUGACACUGAAGUGGCUUCUCUGUGUCUGGAGGGAAUCCGCUGUGCCAUCAGGAUAGCAUGCAUCUUCAGCAUUCAGUUGGAGCGAGACGCAUAUGUACAGGCUCUGGCCCGUUUCACACUCUUGACGGCCAGUUCUGGCAUCACUGAAAUGAAGCAGAAGAACAUCGACACCAUCAAAACCCUCAUCACAGUGGCUCACACUGAUGGAAAUUAUCUAGGAAACUCCUGGCAUGAGAUCAUGAAGUGCAUUAGUCAGCUGGAGUUGGCCCAGCUCAUUGGGACAGGAGUAAAGGCUCGGUACAUAUCAGGAACUGUCCGGGGAAAAGAAGGCUUCAUCACCAGCACCAAGGAACAGACGUCUGAUGAGUACCUGGGAUUGGGAGGCAAUGUUGAUCGCAAACAGAUCGCAAGCAUUCAGGAGUCUAUCGGGGAGACCAGCUCGCAAAGUGUGGUCGUCGCUGUAGACCGGAUAUUCACAGGCUCUACCAGACUUGAUGGAAAUGCUAUUGUGGACUUUGUGCGAUGGCUGUGCGCUGUGUCGAUGGAUGAACUGGCCUCCCCAACACACCCUCGAAUGUUCAGUCUGCAGAAGAUCGUGGAGAUUUCAUACUACAAUAUGGGUCGUAUCAGGUUGCAGUGGUCCAGGAUUUGGGAGGUUAUAGGCGAUCAUUUCAAUAAGGUCGGCUGUAAUCCCAACGAAGAUGUUGCCAUUUUUGCUGUGGAUUCUCUGAGGCAGCUGUCCAUGAAGUUUUUGGAGAAGGGAGAGUUGGCCAACUUCAGAUUCCAGAAGGAUUUCCUAAGACCGUUCGAGCACAUAAUGAAAAAGAACAGAUCUCCGACCAUUAGAGACAUGGUGGUUCGCUGUAUUGCCCAGAUGGUCAACUCUCAGGCUGGCAAUAUUAGAUCAGGGUGGAAGAACAUUUUCUCUGUGUUUCAUCUGGCUGCUUCUGAUCAGGAUGAGAGUAUAGUUGAGCUGGCCUUCCAGACAACUGGACACAUCGUCAUGAAUGUAUUUGAGAAACAUUUCCCAGCUACUAUUGACUCCUUCCAGGACGCUGUCAAGUGUUUGUCUGAGUUCGCCUGCAACGCUUCUUUCCCAGACACCAGCAUGGAGGCUAUUCGUCUGAUCCGCCACUGCGCCAAAUAUGUGUCGGACCGACCCCAGGCGUUUAAAGACUAUACCAGUGAUGAUAUGAAUGUUGCCCCAGAGGAUCGUGUUUGGGUCAGAGGCUGGUUCCCCAUCCUCUUUGAGCUGUCAUGCAUCAUCAACAGAUGUAAACUGGACGUCCGGACCAGGGGUCUGACAGUGAUGUUUGAGGUGAUGAAGACGUACGGUCACACCUAUGAGAAACACUGGUGGCAGGAUCUGUUCCGCAUUGUCUUCAGGAUCUUCGACAACAUGAAGCUUCCUGAGCAACAGACCGAGAAAGCGGAGUGGAUGACCACCACCUGCAAUCAUGCACUUUAUGCCAUCUGUGAUGUUUUUACACAGUACUUUGAGUCUCUCAGUGAUGUUCUUUUAGAUGAUAUCUUAUCUCAGCUCUACUGGUGUGUCCAGCAAGAUAAUGAGCAGUUAGCGAGAUCAGGCACUAAUUGCCUUGAAAACGUGGUCAUCCUUAAUGGUGAGAAGUUUAAUCCUGAGACUUGGAACAAGACCUGCAACUGCAUGCUGGACAUCUUCAAAACCACCAUCCCACACAUGCUGCUGACUUGGAGACCGGCUGGUGCUGAAGGAGAUCACAUGACUCAGCUGGACUCUGAUAAACAGCUGGACUCCAUUUCCCAGAAAUCAGUGGAUAUUCAGACCCGCUCAGAUGACCAGCAGUCUGUGAACAGUAUGGAGAAAGCUUUGGCUGACAACCGCAGAUACAGUCAAUUCAGUGUGGCUUCAGAAGCUCAGGAACAGAGGCUGUUUGCUGCGCUGCUCAUUAAGUGUGUGGUUCAGCUGGAGCUCAUUCAGACCAUUGACAACAUCGUCUUCUUUCCUGCUACCAGUAAGAAAGAGGAUGCGGAAAACUUUGCGGCUGCACAGAGAGAUGCUUUAGAUGCUGAUAUACAUGUGGACACUCAGGACCAGGGAAUGUAUCGCUAUCUGACCUCAGAACAGCUCUUCAAACUGCUCGACUGUCUGCUGGAGUCUCAUCGAUUCGCAAAGGCCUUCAACUCCAAUAAUGAGCAAAGAACUGCGCUGUGGAAAGCAGGUUUCAAAGGGAAGUCGAAGCCCAAUCUGCUGAAACAGGAGACGAGCAGCCUGGCGUGUGGUCUGCGCAUCCUCUUCCGCAUGUACACCGACACAAGCCGACGGGAUGCCUGGGAGGAGGUGCAGAGGAGACUGCUCAACGUUUGCAGUGACGCAGUGGCUUAUUUUCUGACCCUGACGUCUGAAAGUCACCGCGAAGCCUGGACAAACCUUCUGCUGCUCUUCCUGACCAAAGUGCUGAAGAUCAGUGAUGACAGAUUCAAGGCUCAUGCGUCCCGCUAUUACCCUCUACUCUGUGAAAUCAUGCAGUUCGACCUGAUCCCGGAGCUGCGGGCCGUCCUGCGCAAAUUUUUCCUGCGCAUCGGACUCGUUUUUCAGAUCACCAACAACCUGGAAACAAAUCAAACUGUCAACAACGCCUAGGAGAACCAAUAUAUGUCCCAGAAUGCAUCAGUCGUUCCUCCUACACCGUCCGAAAACACCACAGGAUGUCACGUGAUCUCCUGCAGCCAAUGAGGAGAGAGAAGAUCUGAAAGAAAAAGAUGGAUUGCGUCAAAUACGAUGGUACUACAAAAAAAAAAUCAAACCCCGCCCCUACGCCUGGAAUAAACAGCCAAUCCCGGAUCAGAAAUUGUGUCACAUGACCAGGUCUUGAAUAGAUAGGAUCUAAUUAUCAUGAGGAUGCUGAAUAUCGCUAUUACUACACAAACGCUUGACCCUUUGAGAUCGUCAAAAGGUCCAGAAAUAUUUCAAAAAACAGUGUCUUGGCAUUAUCUUCAAAUCUGUUCGAGAAAUGAGAGAACGGUUGCUCAACAAGCAAUCUGAUGUGAUGUUUAAGUGAUUCGGAUUCAUUAUUUUGUUUUUUGCGUUUGCACCGCUAAUGGCUAACAUUAGCAUGAUUAACUAGUUGUACAGAAUUCCAGCUUUGUAAUAUAAUCUCACAACACUAGAUUUUUGUUUGUUUGUUUGUUUUCUGUUUGUUUGUUUGUUUGUUUGGAAAUUUGCUGCACUUGUUUUCUCGAUCAAAAUGCACUGGAGAUUUUUACUUUUGUGAUAAAUUAUUGAACUAUGCCAUCUUUCCCUCCAUAACUGUCCAGCUAGAGAUUUCUAUUACUAUAUAUAUAUAAAUAUAUAUAAAUAUAAACUGAUUAGUUCGAUUUACUCCAUUUUAUAUAUGCUGACACUUUUUUAAUUAAACGGAGAUCCUUUAAAAGGAGACAAAAAACUGGAACUUGAAAAGCGAGGGCGACUUUAAAUGUGAGCUGCAUCUGAAUCACUGGUUUGUAUCCCUGUUUGAAGUUAGGCUUCACUCUACGUGUACAAAUUUUUACGAAAAAGUUAAUAUAUUUAAAAACGGUGUCUUUGCUUUUGGGGAUGGCGGUGUACUGUAUAGAAAUGAACGAUAGCUGUGCUUUAAAAAUGUUGAUGGGAAAGAAGAGCUGAAGCAUUCCUGGCUGUAGUGAGGGUGUCAACUGUAAUGGUACGGCCCUGUAAAGUUUUCUAUAUGGAAUAAAAUGAUCUGUACAACUCUAAA